CGAGAGCAGAUCUCGGGGAUUCGGGUGCAGAGCCCUUGGCCUGGAGGCGAUAUGGGUGGUCCGCGGCCCGGUUCGGGCGCUCUCAACAGCCAGGGGAACAGGCCUGUCUGGUCCUGAGGGAGUUCCCUUUCCGAAGCUGCGGUGCUUGGACGACCUGCUCUCUACGUGGCCGGGCACCUGCAGGUGUCCCUGAAGAGCUCAGUUUUGAGGUUCAAGUCUGUAUGGCCAUGAAGGGGCUGCCUGUUGGGCUGAUGCUGUGACCCUGGAGUCUGCCUUUCUUGCCAGUCCCCCUGCCCGGAACAUGUGGCUGCGGCUUGGCCUGCCCUCGCUGUCCCUGAGCCCCAAGCCCACAGUCGGCCGGAGCCUGUGCCUCACCCUGUGGUUUCUCGGCUUGGUGCUGAGGGCCAGUACUCAGGCCCCGGCACCCACAGUCAAUACUCACUUUGGGAAGCUAAGGGGUGCCCGGGUACCACUGCCCAGUGAGAUCCUGGGGCCUGUGGACCAGUACCUGGGGGUGCCCUACGCAGCUCCUCCGAUCGGCGAGAAACGGUUCCUGCCCCCUGAACCACCCCCGUCUUGGUCAGGCAUCCGGAACGCCACACACUUCCCCCCAGUGUGCCCCCAGAACAUCCACACGGCUGUGCCCGAAGUCAUGCUUCCCGUCUGGUUCACUGCCAACUUGGAUAUCGUCGCCACUUACAUCCAGGAGCCCAAUGAAGACUGCCUCUACCUGAAUGUCUAUGUGCCCACGGAGGAUGGAUCCGGCGCUAAGAAACAGGGCGAGGACUUAGCGGAUAAUGACGGGGAUGAAGAUGAAGACAUCCGGGACAGUGGCGCUAAGCCCGUCAUGGUCUACAUCCACGGAGGCUCUUACAUGGAAGGGACAGGCAACAUGAUUGACGGCAGCGUCCUCGCCAGUUAUGGCAACGUCAUCGUCAUCACCCUCAACUAUCGGGUUGGGGUGCUAGGUUUCCUGAGCACCGGAGAUCAGGCUGCCAAGGGCAACUAUGGGCUCCUUGACCAAAUCCAGGCCCUCCGCUGGGUGAGCGAGAAUAUUGCCUUUUUUGGUGGCGAUCCGCGCCGUAUUACUGUCUUUGGCUCGGGCAUCGGCGCAUCCUGUGUCAGCCUCCUCACAUUGUCACAUCACUCUGAGGGGCUUUUUCAGAGGGCCAUCAUCCAAAGUGGUUCUGCUCUGUCCAGCUGGGCUGUGAACUACCAGCCAGUGAAGUAUACUAGCCUGCUGGCAGACAAGGUGGGCUGUAAUGUACUAGACACAGUGGAUAUGGUGGACUGUCUUCGGCAAAAGAGUGCCAAGGAGCUGGUAGAGCAGGAUAUCCAGCCAGCCCGCUACCAUGUGGCCUUUGGCCCUGUGAUUGAUGGCGAUGUCAUUCCCGAUGACCCCGAGAUUCUCAUGGAACAGGGUGAGUUCCUCAAUUAUGACAUUAUGCUAGGUGUCAACCAGGGUGAGGGGCUCAAGUUUGUGGAAGGGGUGGUGGACCCUGAGGAUGGUGUCUCUGGCACUGACUUUGACUACUCAGUUUCCAACUUUGUGGACAAUCUGUACGGAUAUCCUGAGGGUAAGGACACCCUGCGGGAGACCAUCAAGUUUAUGUACACAGACUGGGCAGACCGCGACAACCCUGAGACCCGCCGUAAAACCCUGGUGGCACUCUUCACGGACCACCAGUGGGUGGAGCCCUCAGUAGUAACAGCUGAUCUGCACGCCCGCUAUGGCUCACCUACCUACUUCUACGCCUUCUACCAUCACUGCCAGAGCCUCAUGAAGCCUGCUUGGUCAGAUGCAGCUCAUGGGGACGAAGUACCCUAUGUAUUUGGUGUCCCUAUGGUGGGCCCCACUGACCUCUUCCCCUGCAACUUCUCCAAGAAUGAUGUUAUGCUCAGUGCUGUCGUCAUGACCUACUGGACCAACUUUGCCAAGACUGGGGAUCCCAACAAGCCGGUCCCCCAGGACACCAAGUUUAUUCACACCAAGGCCAACCGCUUUGAGGAAGUGGCCUGGUCCAAAUACAAUCCCCGAGACCAGCUCUACCUUCACAUCGGGCUGAAACCGAGGGUCCGCGAUCAUUAUCGGGCCACUAAGGUGGCCUUUUGGAAACACCUGGUGCCCCACCUAUAUAACCUGCAUGACAUGUUCCACUAUACGUCCACAACCACCAAAGUGCCGCCUCCGGAUACCACCCACAGCUCCCACAUCACCCGAAGGCCCAACGGCAAGACCUGGAGCACCAAGCGGCCAGCCAUCUCCCCUGCCUAUAGCAAUGAGAAUGCCCAAGGGUCCUGGAACGGGGGUCAGGAUGCAGGGCCACUCUUGGUGGAGAACCCUCGUGACUACUCCACUGAAUUAAGUGUCACCAUCGCCGUGGGGGCCUCCCUUCUGUUCCUUAACGUUCUGGCCUUUGCCGCCCUCUACUACCGUAAGGACAAACGGCGUCAGGAGCCCUUGCGGCAGCCUAGCCCUCAGAGGGGAGCUGGGGCCCCCGAAUUGGGAGCUGCUCCUGAGGAGGAGCUGGCAGCAUUACAGCUGGGCCCCACCCACCACGAAUGUGAGGCUGGUCCCCCACACGACACACUGCGCCUCACUGCACUGCCCGACUACACACUGACCCUGCGGCGCUCCCCUGAUGAUAUCCCACUUAUGACUCCCAACACCAUCACUAUGAUCCCCAAUUCCCUGGUAGGGCUGCAGACAUUGCACCCCUAUAACACCUUUGCCGCAGGGUUCAACAGUACUGGGCUGCCCCACUCACACUCCACUACCCGGGUAUAGCUCCAGCCCAGAGCACAGCCUAUCUCCCGGCUCCCUCCCUCCCAGAUCUACGAACACACAUGCACACACAGACACACACAGAGACACAUACAGACAUAUAUGUAUACGCACGCACCCACACCCGACAGCAGACCCACCUGCACAAACAUAGACGUGGACAUGCGCCCGCAUGUACAAAAACACAAAUAAGGAAGUAAACCUGAACAAACCCUUCAAAUGGGGACGCAAAUGAGUCCUUGGGAAGCCGAGGACCCAUGGAACAGCAGCUGAAGCCAGCUCCUUGAGCCUGACCAGACACUCCUGGGGGCCUGAGAGCACCAGCUGGAUACCCCCUUGGUGCUUGCCCUCCGCCUCUCUUGGAACCGCACCACCGACCUACUCCAGACUUGGGAGCUGUAAAGAGCACAGCAGCUCUUUCUCCCCCAGACUUGGUCUUUUUCUCUGGGUCUUGUUUUUGUUGAUUUUUUUAAAAAAAAAAUGGAACAAAUGUUUUUCCAACCUGUGAGUGCAAAGAGGCUGCCAAAGGGAAAGCCCCAGGCCCAGGUCUUUCUGGCUCUGGAAACCCCAGUGCUCACAUGAUCCAACCAAGGAACGGGACCCCUGAGAAAGAAACAGAUUUGAGUAAGACCAUGGGGCGGAAGGAGGAAGGGGCUACCGCUGCAUGGGAUUGGAGGGCCAUAGGGGAGAACUGUCCGGCCAGCUCUGCAUUCCCAUGGCGGGCUGCAGAGUAUGCAGCAUAGAUUCGGUGAAUGAGGUUCUGUGGAGGCCAUGUCAUUAUUGGGCCCAGGUAUAAUCUGGGUUCUGCCUCUGCCCUUGGGGUAAUGCUAUCAGAAAAACUCACCCCAUUUUAUUUACAGUCUCUUUUGUGUCUGUCAUUUCUCUUUCCAAAAGGCAGUGUUUUUUGUUGUUGUUGGCUUUUUUUUAAAGAAAAGUUCUUAAAACACUAACCGAAACCCAUGG